CUCGCAUGGGUGAACACCUCAUCCCUCCUAUCAUCGGUGGAUUAUCAGACUUCUUGUUGAUUUUGAAGGCAGUCUGGAACAUCUUUUUGAGUAGUCUUCAAGAUCUGCGUAUACGUUUAUUCAAAGACGGACAUAUUAGUCAGACCAUGAACUUCAAUUUUCGUUCAACCUGCUGCUGACGCCAUCAUCAUAUUUGUAGCUACACCACUACCAUAAGAUAAAGAACAAUCAAGAGGGAAGUUCUUCCAAUACAUAGCACCAUCUCUCCAGAUAUCAAAAAACCCUCGCAAUCAAAAUGAGCGACCCCCAGCAAUCCCCCUCCCCCAUCACCACCAACCCACCUCCUCUAAAAUCCUACCUCCCCUGGACAAAAACCCCUCUCAUAGUAAACGCCCCGAUGGCAGGCUUCGCAGGACCCUCCCUCGCAACAUCCGUGACGCUCUCCGGCGGCCUAGGCAUGAUCGGCGGCGUCUCCUCCGCGCCAGACAUAAAAUCCCACCUCCAACAAGCCGCACACAUUCUCCAAACGCACCAACCCUCCCCCCUCAAAUCCGAACAAGACCCUCUCCCCAUAGGAAUCGGCCUCCUCCUCUUCGCCCUCGACCUGUCCUCCAUCCUCCCCGUCCUCGCAGCCGCAAAACCAGCCGUAGCAUGGCUCUUCGCUGCCCCAGAGCUGCCCGCGUACGCGGAGUGGGCUGCCGCGAUCCGCGCCGUGUCCCCUGCUACGCGGAUCUGGAUCCAGGUAGGCGAUGUCGCGUCGGCGCUGACCGUCGCGCGCUCUGCGUCCCCGGACGCGUUGUGCAUCCAAGGCGCGGACGCCGGUGGGCACGGCUACGCGCGCGGCGCGGGGAUUAUCAGUUUCGUCCCUGAAGCCAGCGAUGCGCUCGGGGCUGCUGGGAAAGGGGGGAUCCCGCUCCUCGCGGCUGGGGGGAUUGUAGAUGGCCGCGGGGUAGCUGCUGCGCUGAGUUUAGGUGCGGCCGGGGUGGUUAUGGGGACGAGGUUUCUGGGGUCUAGCGAGGUUGCUGUGCAUCCUGCGUAUCGGGCUGCUGUGCUUGCUGCGAGGGAUGGUGGGAAGGCGACGGUGAGGUCGGUGGUGUUUGAUGAGCUUAGGGGGCCGAGUGUUUGGCCUGAGGGGUAUGAUGGGAGGAGUUUGGCCGUGAGAAGUUAUGUGGAUUUUGUGGAGGGGGUUGGGAUUGAGGAGGUUAGGAGGUUGUUUGGGGAGGCUGUCGAGGGCGAGGAUAAGGGGUUUGGGGUUGGGUUGGAAGGUAGGGCUGCUAUUUGGGCGGGGACGGGCGUGGGGUUGGUUAAUGAGGUUGAGGGGGCGGGAGAGAUCUUGGAGAGGAUUAGGGAGGAGGCGAGGGGGAUUUUAGGAAGGUUGAGUGCGUUGUGAGAAUGAUAGAGGGAUAGAGAAUAUUUGAAUGGUGGGAACUAUCAACGUGAUGUGGUUUAUUUGAUGAUAAGGUCUAUUGUCAUGCAGAUUAUACUCUAUUCUAACUAUACUGAUCAUCUC